UUUUUAAACAGGACUAUAUGUUUGCUGAACAGUGCGGAUGAACAUUAAGCGCGAAUUUGUGAUGCAGUUUGUGUACGUCACGCGCUCUGUGUGCUCUUCGUCAGUUUUAUGCGUUCUCUCUCUAACCACAACAACCCAGCUCUGAUGUCUACUUGAUGGAGAAUGAUGAAGAUCAGGAGACUCUGGGAGAGAAACUGUAUGAUCUGAUAUAUCCUAAAUACACUGAGAUGACACCUAAACUUACAGGUAUGCUGCUGGAGUUGCCUGCGUCUGUUGUGGCUCAGAUGUUGUAUGAUGAAGCUCUGCUGAAUAAAGCAUUAGAAAGAGCACUGACUGCUCUCACAUCAUCUGACCACAGUGAGCCUGCGUCUCACACUGAUGAUGCAGCGUCUGCGUCCUCCGACUCUCUGGGUGAACAGCUGUAUGACCUUAUUGACCUCUACAACACUGGACAUACACAGAAAAUAACUGGCAUGCUAUUGGAGCAGAAGAAGGAGGCGGUGCUUCAGCUGCUGUCGGAUCAUACGCUCCUCGAGGAACGGGUCAAGAUUGCCUUGAAAACGCUGCAGGAGCAGGGUGACGAGGCGACAGAUGUGAGUGACAGCUCUGACAGAGAGGAAGUGGAAUCCAUUGGCGAGACGCUUUUCAGUUUUGUGCAUCAGUUAGACCCCACCCAUUGUGCUGACAUCACAGGGAUGCUGCUGGAAAUGGAUUCUGGAACUCUGCAACAGAUUCUGUCCGACCGGAACAUGUUGGAAGUUGCAGUUCAGAAAGCAAAAAGUGCACUGGAGGGUGCUGUGAGCCCAACACACACACAAACGUCAGAAUAAGGCAGACACUGCGACCUAGAGGAACUUUGUGUUUGGGACUUUUAGGCCCAAAUGGCUGUACAUUUUACUUGUAUAUUUCAAAACAUUGUUUACAUGGACUUCUUUUUUUCAUGGAUUUUUGCAGCUUUUUAUUGAUAGGAAUAGGGGAGAUGAAAUGAAUGUAAAGGAAAAAAGGUGGGAAAUUGCUUCAGGAAAACAAACAGUCUGGAUUUGAAUCUGCAUGAGAAACUCAGCUAAAUGUGUCUGGACUCUAGAGCUUCUGCACUAACCACCAGUUCAUAGCUUUGACGUUCCAGGGGCGUCUGCACAUUAUGUGCACAUUUACAUUUUUUUGCUAAUUUGUGUCAUAUAAUCAGCUAUAAAUUAAUAUAUGACUGUAAAUGAAGAAUGCAGAGUUUCAUACUGUAGUUUUAUAUGAGAUGCAUGUAAAUUCUACAAAUAUUUCAGCCAUGCAGAUGUUAAAGACAUGAUGAAAUGCUUUUAAGAACAGUUUCUUUCCUUGUUUUGAUGCAUUGUCAAUUUACAAUGCUUGGUUAGUCAGUGUGUCGUUUUUUUAAUGAAAAAAUAAAACUUAACAGAUUUGUUAUCUGC